AAAACACAAACGAAAAAAACAACAAACCAAAAAGAACGUACCGGGACAAAAUGUAUGCGAGAAAGCAAUCUCCUUGGUAGUGGUUUGCGCCGCGUCACAAAUUAAAUGGAAUAUCUACAGGAAGCGGUCCUGCUAGGCAUCGAUCUGCUAGUGCUGGUAGUGUGCAGCAACCAGUACUACAAACUCAGGAAAAACUGCCGUGCAUUGAAGGAUGCGCCCCAGCUACAGAUCGAUGAGCAGCUGGCCGACCGGUUACGGAAAGAACCCGACCAGAAGCUCAAAUAUGCCGUCAUUCGGGGAAGCGUCACACCCAUCGGGACGGCCCUGCGCAGCGCAAUGUCCCCCUCGGUCACCGGGGUGCUGCAGACGAUGACCUUAACCGAGCAUCGCGUCGCACGGGCAAUGUUUGGCUUUUGGCAGGAAGAAAAACAAAUCAUUCACGUGUCGGCCAACGAAACACCGUUCCGGCUCGUCAACGGCAAGCAGGGGGUGGAGAUCGUGAGCGGCCUGUCGGCCGAACUGCUCGACAUGGACACGGUGUACGAAAACUACGAGCCCUCCUCGUUGACCGUGUUCGAUCAUCUGUUCGGGCUGUUUUCGGGCGUCCGGCAGAAGGGCCUCCAGACGACGGAAGAGAUGCUGCGCGACGGCAGCUUUAUUACGGCCGUCGGUGAGCUCGAGCUGGACGACACCGGGGUCCGGCUGCAUCCACCAUCGAACGGGUGGCCAAUGUUUCUUACCACGGCCACCAAAAGCACACUGCUCAAGCGCCUGGAAGAGGCAAAGUCUUCCACCCUGCUGAAGGUGAUCCUGUCCGGCACGAUAUCGGCCGUGCUGAUCGUGCUGAUCACGCGCAAGCUGUACAAGCGCAAAAAGCAGGAAUGGGAAGAGGACAAGCUGCGCAAACAGCUGGAACAGUCGCGCGCCACCCGCCGAGCGCGCAUGCGAACGACCGGCCUGGCCGAGGAGCAACUGUGCGUGGUGUGCAUUGUGAACCCGAAGGAAGUGAUCUGCCUGCCGUGUGGGCACGUGUGCUUGUGUGAAAAUUGUGCGCAGAAAAUCAGCCUCCACUGUCCGGUGUGCCGAACGGUGAUUGAAACCAAAGCGGCCGCGUUUAUUUCGUAACUGUGCGCAUUGUAAAUGUAGUUACCAGAUGUUUACUUUUAACUUUGCACCUGACAAUGGCUUACUGUGUGUUACUUACUAAAGAUACGUUGAUAAUAUAUUGCGCAAAGGUUGGGCUCGGAA